AUGGAUUAUAAGCCUGAACCUGAACCCCUCAGUGAGAGCUCAGAACUUCUCUUCUCCUUUGGAGUGAUAGCAGAUAUUCAAUAUGCUGAUUUGGAAGAUGGCUAUAAUUUCCAGGGAAACAGACGGAGGUACUACAGACACAGUCUUCUUCACUUACAGGGUGCUAUCGAACACUGGAAUAAAGAAAGCAGUCGGCCCCGUUGUGUACUUCAGCUUGGAGACAUCAUUGACGGAUACAAUGCGCAGUACAAAGCAUCAGAAAAGUCACUGGAGCGCGUCAUGAACACAUUCCAAAUGCUAAAAGUCCCUGUUCAUCACACGUGGGGAAACCAUGAAUUCUAUAAUUUCAGCAGAGACUAUUUAACAAACUCCAAACUUAACACAAAGUUUCUGGAAGACCAGAUUGCCCACCAUCCUGAGACUGUGCCCUCGGAGGAUUAUUACGCGUAUCAUUUUGUGCCAUUCCCUAAAUUCCGCUUCAUUUUACUCGAUGCUUAUGACAUGAGUGUUUUGGGCGUGGAUCAGUCUUCUCCAAAAUACCAGCAGUGUCUGAAGAUACUGAGGGAGCACAACCCAAAUACGGAACUGAAUAGUCCUCAAGGACUUCGUGAGCCCCAGUUUGUCCAGUUUAAUGGUGGAUUUAGCCAAGAACAGCUGAACUGGCUGAACGAAGUUCUUACAUUCUCGGACAAAAACCAAGAAAAGGUGGUGAUUGUGAGCCAUCUGCCCAUUUACCCCGAGGCCUCUGACAGUGUGUGCCUGGCCUGGAAUUACAGAGACGCCCUGGCAGUCAUUUGGUCUCACAAGUGUGUGGUGUGCUUCUUCGCCGGCCACACUCACGACGGCGGCUACUCUGAGGACCCUUUCGGUGUGCACCACGUCAACAUAGAAGGGGUUAUCGAAACAGCCCCGGACAGCCAGGCCUUUGGCACCGUUCACGUCUAUCCUGACAGAAUGAUGUUGGAAGGGGGGGGCAGAGUUCCAGACAGAACUAUGAGUUACAGGAAGGAAUAA